UUUUCUCUAUUUAUAUUGUUUUUUCAGGUUUCUUUAAGAAAAAUGAAAUCAAUCUUAAAGAAGAAUUUGCGAGAAAGCGGCCUGAUCUAGUAGACCAUAUUAUAUGGAAUCCACAUGCAAAGGCACCUAGUCAAAAUGGAGUAAUUGGAAGCAAGUCGAAGAUAAAUGUAUCAUUACUGUCGGAUAUAGAUAGCAAAGGGAAAAUAGUAACGUUGACGCAGUCAUUGGCAAAAGCCGUAUCUACGGGGAAUCUUGAAUCGGAAGAAAUUACGGACCAAUUAAUCACCGAAAAGUUACAAAUAAAAGGGAUGCCCGAUCCCGAUCUCGCUUUAAUAUAUGGUUACACUUGUUCCACACAUGGUGUUUUACCAUGGCACACAAGAACAACAGAAUUUUUAAUGCUGCCGAUGUAUGUUAGUAUCUCAGUGAAAGAUUUCACGUGUCUAUUAGAGAGAUAUAACAAGUGUGUACAACGGUACGGUAAAUGAUAUGUAUAAUUAUCCUUAUUUAUACAAGAGAUACUGUGUAUCUGCGUAAGGAAAAAUAAAUUAUCGUAAAGACUGA